UAACACCCAAAUCUAACCACUAUGGCCGACGAAGACGAAGACAUGCCGCCGCAGCUCUCCGGGGGUGGAGCCGGCGACAUCGACCUCAGCGACGAGACGCAAGACUUCCGCUUCCUCUCCAACCUCUCUCUCAGCGGCACCGAAGGCCCCAAGAUACCCAAGCGCGGCGAAAAAGACUUCGAGCCCCAUGCCACCGCACGCCAAGCCGAUACACUCGCCGCCUCGCGCGCUGCUAUGCACGCAGCACUAUCCAUUCCACGUAUUCACGCGCCGAAGAACCACAUAGUCGCGAUAUAUGACCCGUCCUCGAAUAUGGCGUCCGUAGAAAAAGCCAAAAGCCAGCACUUUCAGACCAUUGGACGGGUUGCGAAUGGAAAGGAGUGGUUAUUACCAGAGGAGACGCUGUUCAUGCUCGAGCGAGGGAGUCUGGACGUGAGGUGGCCGCUCAAAGAAGGAGAAGAGGGGAUGGGGGUACCGAUGAGCUUGCAGGGGGCGUAUGCGGCGUUCAUAGGGAUGGAGGGCGGUGUUGGGGGGAGGCUGACGUUAGAGAUGUAUAAUGUCUAUGCUGGGCUGAAGAGGGCGGGGUAUAUUGUGCUUAGGACGGGGACGUGGCAUGACGCGAAGGCUGAACUGAAUCUCUCGAGGAUAGGCCAUGCGAAAGAGAAGGUAGAGGGGAGGCAUUGGGGACUGGGACUCUUUGGGGAGAUAUGGAAGAGGUUGUUCAAAAUGCAGGCAUCAGAAUCGCCAGAGAGGUUGAAGCUGGGGCCGUUAGUUACGCCUGGGCUGUAUCGGAACUGGACGGACAUCUAUAGACUCCUCGAGGUCAUGCCACGGCACGAUCGAACCGCUCCGCCAAAGUUCAUGCUUCCGGACGAUGUUUCGAACCCCUUCCGAAUCACCUUCGACGUCUACAAGCCGGUCUCACAAUUUAGGAAAUCAAAGCCCGGGCCACCGGACUACCGCAUCGCGGUCAUUAACGCCCGCGAGACUUUAGUCCCAACAAUGGUCGAAUUGAAUGAUCUUCUCGCGACAACGCCUUACGAUCUACCAAACUCAUCGACCCAGAUGUACCAGAAACUGAAAUAUGGAUCUCGGAAUAUAAUCCUGGCUGUUGUCGAUAACGGCAUUCCCAGCUACAUUCGGAUCGCGGAUGCUCCGUUUGAGGACGAGAAGCUCUACGAACGUACAGGACGGGGGCGAGGUGGCAAGCGGGGUGGAUUUAGAGGACGUGGACGAGGGAGAGGUAGAGGCCGAUGAUAUCGCCGGAUUUCGUACCAGAAAUUGGCUUUUCGACCCUGCUUGCCGAGGCACCAUGGCCUACAUACUCGAAGUCAUCUGCCAGUCUCCCACGCUGAAACAAUAGUCAACUUGUGGCUAGGCGCAGCAAAUCCAGAAGGAUGGAAUGAGCGCGGUGUCCCUAGAAUCACCCGCUCCGAGAAGAGCAAGCACAUGAGUGCUAGCCGAUCGAUCCUCCCUGAGGUUGGAAGAGGCCUUUGGUGUUCAAUCCGGCCGGCACUAUCGAUUGUCUGGGCCUCUUGAAGCCCUAAAAGGCUGAAUAAGGGAUUUUGGAUGCGUAGGAGUAUACCCAGGCCGAGAUAUCAUACGGCCUACAUAUCUGAUUUACGGUCUUGGAUAAGCAAGUUUGGAAAAUCAAUUAGUUAGUUCACUUGGAUUAUAUGAUACCCAUUGAUCUAAUGGAAUCGACUGCGCCGCUCUGAGUGGC